UAUUUUGUUAAGGUAUUCCUUUCAUGCAGGUAUUAGUAUGGUUUACAAACAAACUAUUUUAUUCUUGACGGUAAUUUCUGUGUCAUUUGUUUUUCUUCAAGUAUUAAAUGUUAAUAAUAUGAACCCUAUAAGACAUGAAAUGCGUAUACCUAUCCAUAAGUGGAAUGCGAAUAGUUCUUUUUUAAAUUCUUUUUUUAUGGAUGUAAAGCAAUAUUAUGACGUACAAUAUUUCCACAUUAACUUUAGUACUCGUAUACCUUUUAUGAUUUAUCGUUUGUCAGUUGAAGUAAUUAAGUGCAAAGAACAUUUUAUUGAUUGCGUUAACCUCAGAUCAUUUGAUAUAUUAGAUAUAUGUGACAAGAUAGAUGCAACCAUGUUAUUUUUGUUAAUUGGUUACAAAAAUCGAGAUGUACGUUGCCCGAUCAAAGGUGAAUAUGUUUGGAAAAAUAUGAGCUUUUCUACACUUUCAAUUCAAACAAUUUCAGCUCCAACAGAAAAAUGGUGGGAAAAUUCAUAUAAAUUGAAACUAUGUUUUUAUGAUAAAUAUAAUGUUGAAGUAUUAUACGUAGAAGGAAGUGCUUAUUUUUUAACCUUUAGAAGAAGAAAAAACAAGAAUUUAAAUUAAAACUAUUUAAUUUUAUUCUAAAAUACUAAAAUUGGUUAGAUAAAUGUUAUUUAUGUGUUAUGUUUAUUAAUCAUUAUAAUCAUUUAUGAUAUUCUAAUA